AUGGCAGUAGGUGAGAAGGAAAUUUUUGGGGAAAUAGUCCAAGGGGUGGAAGCAAGCUCGCAGCUGAUCACGAGGUAUACGUUUCUGGCGAUUCUAUAUAUUGGACCUAGCACCUCAGCGCGUGACGAGCUUGAGAUGGCUUUCAUACGCCUUUGCAGUAAGGUGCUGGUUUUCCUCAUCGAGGCGAAAUGUUACUUCCAAACCAGCACGGAAAAGCGGAUGCUGAGAAGUGCAUUCCAUGCCUUUGAGAACUGUCAGAUGAAGCAGAUUGAAGCCCAAGAAAGACGAGUGGCAGGGCUAAGAGCCCUAGCUGAUGCAGAAGACACCAAGUCUACCGGGAGAACGUCAUGGCCAUUCAGCUGCUUAUGGAGUCUUUGGAAGAGCCCAUUCUUCGAGUAG